AUGCUAGUUAUAUUAUUAUCCACUUUAAUUUUAGUUUUAAUAGUUCUACUUGCAGUAGCAUUUUUAACGAUAGUUGAACGAAAAACUCUAGGCUAUAUACAACUUCGUAAAGGACCAAAUGUUGUUGGAUUUAUAGGACUUUUACAACCUAUCGCAGACGGAGUAAAAUUAUUUCUUAAAGAGCCCGUAUGACCUAUUGCAGCCUCUCCAGCUUUAUUCAUCGCAGCCCCCAUUAUAGCACUAACCUUAGCUUUAUCCCUUUGAAUAUUUAUUCCUAUACCACAAUCAAUUUCCACUAUUAAUCUUACCCUUCUUGUAAUUAUAGCAAUUUCAAGUUUAUCAGUUUACGCUACCCUCGGGUCAGGCUGAGCCUCUAACUCAAAAUAUGCACUAAUCGGAGCACUUCGAGCUGUUGCCCAAACUAUUUCCUAUGAAGUAAGCCUAGGACUAAUCCUACUAUGUUUAAUUAUUUUAAUCGGCAGCUUUUCUCUCCAAGCUUUUAUUUAUACACAAGAGCACACCUGAUUCUUACUUUCAAGCUGACCAUUAGCAGCAAUAUGAUUUGUCUCUACCUUGGCAGAAACAAACCGAACUCCAUUUGAUUUAACUGAAGGAGAGUCAGAACUUGUCUCCGGUUUUAAUGUAGAAUAUGCUGGGGGCCCAUUCGCUUUAUUCUUUCUAGCUGAAUACUCCAAUAUCUUAUUUAUAAACACCCUUACAGCAAUUAUAUUCUUUGGUCCUCUUGGCCCAAAUAAUUUAAAUAUCUUACCAAUUAUUAAUGUGAUAAUAAAAGCUACCCCCCUCAUUAUCUUAUUCCUAUGAAUCCGAGCCUCAUACCCACGAUUCCGAUAUGAUCAAUUAAUGCACCUCAUAUGAAAAAAUUUCUUACCCCUUAAUCUGGCCCUCUUCACCCUUCAAUUAUCUCUCGCCGUAUCAUUUGGAGGAGCUGGUAUUCCUCCCAUAUAA